AUGUCCAAGCCCGGAGCCGGCGGCGCCGUCGAGGAAGAAGCCAAGAUGCCCCCCUCUUCCUCCUCCUCCUCCGGCGAGGGGCGAGAUGGCAGCUCCGCGGACCCUGCGCCCGAGAGGAGCCCCGGGAAAGUUGGGCAGAGGCAGGAGAUCGUCUGGAGGAAUGUCAUCCUCAUGGCCUUGCUGCACGUCGGGGCGGCGUAUUCCCUGGUCCUCAUCCCCAGAGCGCAUCUCUUCACCCUGAUGUGGGGUAAGUGGCUCCCCUCUCACUGCCCCCUCUCCCUCAUCACCGGAGAUUUCAAUGUUUUCCCCUUUAUACAAGAGAUGUUGUUGUUUUGUCUGCCUGUUCCCCAGGGGAUUAAUUCAUAACGCAGGCCUCCCCCCCCCCCCCGGUCUGGGUCCCCCUCUCCCAGAGGACCAGUUGUGUAGGUGCUUUCUAUUUUUCUCUUUAAAAAAUGAUAUAUUUCUCGCACCCUUCGGUGGUUUUGAAAGUUCUGCAUCCGCUACACCAUCCUAAGCGUUGGGUUGUUGUUUCCUUUUGCAAGAUCAAACUCUGUCGAUGCACCCAGUCGCCACCCUCUGCUUUGUCCUUUGAACAUUUCCGAAUGUCAAAUGCGCUCCCCGAUUUUGCUGCUAGGUGGGUAGGAGCUCAGAAAUGGAAGGCAGCCCAUCCACUGAGCACCUUGCUUGUUUAGACAAAAGAACGGCUCAUAGGUAUGCCCUGUGCAAUAGCUGGUCUUGUGAACGCCCACUUAAAGAUUGCACGGUCUGUGCUGGAUGAAAUACAGGCUGUAGUAGCAGCUGAGUAGCCCUGGGGUAAAGCAGUGGUAACUUAUAUGUUUAUAGCUUCUCUUACAAGCAUGUGAGUGGGGAGGGGGUUUCAGCGUGUGUUUAAGAGGGAGGGAACUCAAUGUGUUUGCAGAGGAUUCUAACAGAAAACAGCAUUAAAAUCAACAUGCCAGGAACUGGAGGCCCACAGCAAGACAUCCUUCUACUGUUCUUGAUGCAAGGUUCAAAAUGCAAAGACUUCUUCAUAGUGCAAGGAGUGGUGCGUGGUUUGUUGAUCCUAUGGGUUCAAGGGAUUUUAAAGUAAUUUGCAUUUAGGACCAGCGUGUUUAAGUUGUCCCGUAUUUUUGACCCGUCAACCUGGAUCAAGCUUACUUUAUAGGGUCACUUUUCUUAUUCGCCACAUGAAAAAAACCCAAAAAAUCACGAGCAGGGCUGGAGAAAGAGAGAAGUGCUGUCUAACCAAGGAGCUGGGCCAGUGCAAAGAUUGAGAAUUGUUAGGGCUUAGCAUCGCACAGGAUCAGGCCAAGUGGUCCCAAAUAGAUGCAUUCCCUGCAGCGACAAAGGAUUAUUCUCCCACUCUGCCUUGUGAAUCACGCUCUGCCUGGUGUGUUCGCAUCGCCUUGCUUCUAAUGUAUCUUGCACAGAGAUACGGUUUGCCUGCUUCUGCUAGAGAUUGAAGUGAGGAUUCAGUUUCAGCCAGCGCUAACCGCGGAAGCCAUGUUCACCAACAGCACUCUCAUCCUUAGAGCGGACUCUCCCGCCCCCUUACACCAAGCAAGCUGCAGGAAGAAAAUAGUUUCUCUGUGCAUGAGCAGUGUGCUUUCCCCUUGCAAAUGGAUGCCUGCAACCAGUUCUCGUGCAUCUAAGAUUAUUAUUAUUAUUUCUUAUUCAGACGGUGCUUUGCAGACGGAUAUAAGCACAAAUCAGUUCCUGCCCCGAGGAGAUUACAGUCAAUACUUCUGCAAUAGGGAAAGCAUCAAAAGGGAGAGAGGCGGAGGUAAUAAAACAGCCACUGACCAGGGCUGUUGUCCAAAACAUUGGAGAAGGACGAAGGAAAGAAAAUUCAGGUGCAUGCUUCAGGUUUAGUUUUAGUUAAGAGGGUCCAGGUGAAAACUUAACGGCAAUGGUGGUUUUUAUGGAGAAAAAUGAAGGAGACAGAACUUCCAGGUGAGUGAGGACCUUUUCCCAGUAGCUUUUCAACCCCUGGCUUUGCUGCUGGAAAACUAUGCACAGCCCAAUGUCAUUGCCUGCAAACAGUUCCCCUUGUAAUGCCCUCUGGCGCAAUGACAUUGUGAACCUCAUCUGACUUGCCUUUUCCCCUCUCCUCCCAUUCUCAGCUGUAUUGCUUGAUAGUGCAACAUUCACCUGGGAUCUUUUCUUGAGCCCAGCGGCUCCAGAGCUGCGACACCAGAGGCUGCCCAGUUUAAUUUCCAAGCCCUCUUUGUUUCUUCUGAAUAGACCUCCCUCACCCGCCCCCUUCCGCUAUCACGUGCAGAAAUGGUGAAGCCUAGAAAAAGUCUCUUACACACCGAUGUUUCCAAAUGCGAAGACUGACACUUCAUCUUCACGUUGAAUGCUUGGGAAGCUAUGCUUACCUCGACUCAGGAAUGGUGCUUUUUUAAAAAAAGAAAGAGCGAUAGUCAGUAUGACAGCUAUACUCUCUCUGCAAAUCAAUGCCAUUUUGCUUUUGCUUGUAUUCUAUUCUAUUGGUAGUUGAAAAGUGAUUUAGUUGGUGAACAGAAAGUUGCACAUUCCCCCUCUCCAGUAGUGAAGUGCACUGCAAACUCACUGUAUUUUUUUGAAAGGGGGGGGGAGCGAAACAGCUGUUUUGCUUGCUGCAAAACUACCUCCACCAAAUCCUUUGUGUGGACUAGAUAUUGUGCUAUUGCCUCCGAAUCCGUCCUAGAGGAAUGCAUUCACUGAUCACAACAAAAAGCCUCAGUACCCCCAUUUUACAGAUAGAGGAAGCUGAGUCUGUUUGGUGAAUCACUCGCUCAGGGGACAUCCAUCAAUAUUCUAGCUAAAUAGGAAUUUGAACUCCGGAUCUGGCAUAAGGUGUCACUGGCAUGGUGACAACACCCGACUCUGUCUCUUUUUUUUAUCUGAGUUAGAUGAGGAAGUGGGAGUAUUGAAUCAGCGUCUGGGAUCAGAAAUAGAUUGGCUGAGAGGCGAUAAACAGCAGCUUCGGUCCUGACAAGACAGAUGCAUUAUUUGGUGCGUGUUUUGUCUAACCAGGAGAGAGAUGUUCAGCUUGUUCAGGGAGGGGCUACAGCCCCCCUAAAGGACCAAUCUGGUAGACAGGGAGUGCAGGUAGUUCCAGUUUUGUCAAGCAAAAGGCAGGACCAGCACAAUAUAUUUUUCUGCUUGAGGCAAACGACAACAUGCCCACCACAAUCCCAAGUAUGGAAGCCAACUAGAUUGCCAGCUGAAUCUGACUUCAGCUCUGGCAGUAACAUUCAAGGGCACCAAACUAGCUUACUAUCAUGGACUGGAUGGAAGCAGAGGAAUGGGGGGCAGGCACCAGCUGGGGAACCCCCAGGGGAAGAAGGCUCAGAGCCAGGGGAUUGGUGUUGGGAUGACGAUGAGUGGUCAGAGGUGGAAGAGGGGGCAGACCGGGAGGAGGAGGUAUCAGAAGCUGGAGAGGCAACAAGCUUUAGUGAGCAGGAAGAGGCUAGGGCAGAAAGCAGUCCAGAACCAGAGACAGGAGAGGAGGCGGACCAGGAUACAGAGACGAGGCAGGCUGCUGAAGAAUCCAGGGAUUUUCCCCCUCCUGCUGCAACCAGAUCCCCUCUCUCCUGGUCUCCCAGAACACAGAGAGGAAUUAAGAGGGUGGAGCAAUGAGAGAAUAGACGAAGGAGCCUGAGAUUGCUUGAGAAGGACUUGGGAGAGGAGGAGCUUUAGAAAGCAGUGGGAAGGCAGGGACCUUCAGUCCUUGCAAUUGCCUCACUGGGGCAAGAUCUAUGGGGAAGGCCUGCACUGUUUUGGCUUCUCUGAAUAAAGCGUUCACUUCACUGACUCCAGGUGAUUUAUUGCUGACUUAUGCUUGACUCCUGACACUUACUGAAUGCAGGACAAGUAACUUUGGCACACAGAGCCGUCCUCUAGCUGAGGGAACAGCGGGGGUGAAGGGAGUGGCUACCACUGCUCCCCCCCCCAGCAUCUUCCACCUGAGGCAGUUGUCUCACUCUGCCUAAUACUAGGGCCAGAGGUCCGUUCUUAACCUGAAACUGUUCUUAACCUGAAGCAUCACUUUAGCUAAUGGGGCCUCCCGCUGCCGCUGUGCCGCUGCCACGUGAUUUCUGUUCUCAUCCUGAAGCAAAGUUCUUAACCUGAGGUACUAUUUCUGGGUUAGCAGAGUCUGUAACCUGAAGCGCCUCUAACCUGAAGCAUCUGUAACCCAAGGUACCACUGUAUUGCAAUGCAUUUUUAUAGAGCAGCCGCCUUUGAGAACAUCUCAGAAACUUGGGUUGGUCUGAACCACGGCUGCUCCAGGGUUACUGACUUAGAGGUACAUUCAGAUGUUGCAUUAGUUUUCCUGAUUAUGCCAACCCUUCUGUUCCAUUUUCUAACAUUCCUUUCCCACUGCGGCACCUGAUGCAUUGUGGAACUGUGGCUUUUUGACUGAUACAGCGACGGCACAUUGUGCUAAAUUUCAUUCACACCAGCAGGCAUGUUGGGGCACAACAAUGAACGUCGCUACUCCCUCACCCUUUCUGCCCCUGUGGGCUUCUUCUCCCCCAUGAAAACUGCAGGAAUGAUGGUGUAUACCUCCCUGUAGGCCACUGAAGCAGUGAUAUAUUGCUGAGUUAUGUCUGUGUCUCAGCCAGAAAAUAUAGCCAGAGACAUUUUGGCAAAUUUGAAAGAUCCAACUGGACAGACAUUUUACCCCUGAUAAAGAGGACGUAUUCAGAAGCAUUACUAAGUGCAGAAAAAAAGGAAAAUCAGUUUCCCUAAAGCCUCUUCUUUUGUUCUGCUAACGGAGAACAUUAAGAAUUGCCUUGCUGAAUCAGACCAUUUUAUUUCCAAGAUUAAUCAGCCAUAUGCAAUGUUGGCACCAAGAUUUGGACACGGCACCCUGUCUAGACCAGGAAGACUGCACCAAGUGGGAACAUUGUUAGGGAGAUUGGACUCUGGCAAAUGACCAGCCUUGCCACCAUUUGGAGCUGACCUUAGGAAGAUGCUUCUGGCCACUUUCAAAUAAGCUAUGAAGGUGACUUUCUAAGUUCAACUAACUUCUUCUUUGUUUUUGUUUUUUUAAAUGAUAUUUAUUGAAAAAAGAAUUUUUUAAAAAUUACACAAAAGAAAAAGAAAAAUAAAAAAAAAUAAAACCAUCAUUCUCCAAUUCUCCACUUUCAAUACCUUCUUUCCUUGACCUCCUCCUCCUCCCUUUUCCUGUAUCCUGUUUUAUAACAAUCACAGCAAAUCCUUUCCAUAAUUCAUAUUAUUCUGUCAUCACAUUACCUUGAUCUAUUUUCGUCUUAUCUUAUAGAAAACCUUAAAUUUUAAAACUUAAAUCUUAAUUUUUACCAACUUCUCCUAAACCUUAACAUUCUUACCUAAUUCUUUAGACAUUUUUAUAAGAGCCAAAUAGUUUCAUUUCAACAUUUUCCUAGCAUUCAUCAAUUUUAUAAGACAGUCCUAAUGAUAAAAAUAAAAGAAAAAAGCAAUCCAGUCUUCAUCCAACGUCCCUUCCUCCUGGUCCCGGGUUUUGUCAGUCCUUUUUAUCCUAUUAAUCUAGCACAUUAACCUGGCAAUCUUAUAUCCGAGGCCCUCAAGUCACUUCCAUGUCCCUUCCGUAACUCUUCUUUAUAUUUCCCUUUUAUUCAUGGGAACUCCAGCUUGGUAGUGUUUUUGACCCUUUUCAGCAAAACAAUCCCUUUUCCAUAGUCCAAGCUAGGCUCAAUGUAAUAUUUACAAACAUGUUCCAGAUUCCCUUCAAAGUUGAGAGCCCCCACAGCUCCAGACAUCUGACGGCCCCUUUCCAGACUUGAAAAGUCCCAAUCUCCCUGUAAAGGGGGGUCUGUCCAACCCCCCAUUUCCAAACCAAACCAAAUUUUAUCUUUCCAAGUCUGAUUUUUUCCAAGUUCAUUUAUCAAAUCCAAAAGUUUAUAUUCCUGCUGGUCCGCAGCUCUCUCCGUCUCUGGUGCCCAAGAUUCAGCAAGGUCCUCUUCUCUCAGUUGUUCUGUCAUGGCACGCUCCUGUUUUGAUUCCUGGGUGGGCUCCAUAUAGUUUCCCACUGCCUGUUCAAAGGUUCUGGCCGCAUUAGUCAUGAAAUCCGUCUUCUGGCUUAACUGAUCCAAUAGGGCAUUUAUUUUACAGAAAGCACCCAACAGUGCUUCUGAAGACAUUGUUCUACAAGGUCACAAAUCGUUUCCCACAGUUGUAAUCAGUGACAGCUGCAAGUUCCCAGGAAUUAGUUACAAUUUCAUAGUUCCCCUCUAGGGGGAAAAACUUCUAGCUGCUCUUUCUCUUGAAAACAAUAGCAACAAAGUUUCUUUUUUAAGAUAUUUUGUCCAUAUUUAUUCUUUUAAAAGACGAAAGGAAGCAAUGGAGUCACUAUGUUUCUCUUCUUUUAACUAUCUGUCAAAGACAUUUGUUUCUGGUCAAUGAGCUUCAAACGUCAAUUCUGACACCCCGCUCCAGGGUCAGGACGGUGGAAAAUUACUUUGCUUUAGAUUCACUUCUGCAGGUUUAAACAGCUCAGAAAAGAUCCCCCUUCUUCUCCUGCUACCGAAGGGGGGGUUCAGCGAUUUUAGAUGAUGAAAGUCGAUCCUUUAAAAGUGAUUUUUAAGGCUCUAGUUUGCGUUGUCUUUGCUUUGUUCUAACUACAAGGAAACGGAAGGGUGACUUCCUGUUUAAACCUUCCCGUUUCAGUACCAAAUUAGGGUGAAUUUUUAAGUCCAAAUUCCUUUUUAUUUUGCCAGUUCUUAUUUGAAGUCCAAAUAUUCAAUGUUCCAGUACUCACGGUUGGUUGUUUUAAAUGCCAAAUUGUCCCAGGAAAAAGGCAGCGCUCUCCGGCAACGGCUAUGCGGCUUCGCUCCGCAGAAAAAGCAAUUGACUCACAGCGCCGCGCCACUUCCCCCUCUUCACUUCGGAGCCCGUUUGUGGGUUCCUUUGCGGGUUGGGGGGGCGCUAAGGGUGCCCGCCGAGUCCCACGGUAACAGGCUUCAUCCGCCUGUGAUUUCCAGAGGGAUCCCCGCUACGCCGCAGCGGAAAAGACCCGUUUCAUGCGGAGCAAGUCCCUCCAGUUCAGAGGGAGUCCGCCAUUGCCGGUGGCGCCAGCCCGGAAGUCUCAACUAACUUCUUCUUUGGAGGCAGCCUAAAGUCGGGUGUCCAGAAUCUUACUGCCUCUGAACAUGAAGUUCUGCUUGGCUGAUGAGAAGCCAUGGAGAGAGUUGUCCUCCAUGAAGUUGUCGAAGCUUAGGGGCCGUCACCAUGGCUUGCCUAAACAAAAAACGUUUUUAGCAGGUGUCACAAUAAAGAAUAGUGAACGUUCCAGACUGAUGCCAGUCGGCUAGGCAGGGAGUUCCAAAGUGUAUCAAUAGGCGGGGUGUUCCAAAGACUGAUUUCUCACAAAUGCAGAAUGAGUGGCACGUAUAACAGCGCCUGUUCCACAAAUCUGAGCAGUUGAAUAGCCAUAUAUGGCAGACCUGUAGAAAUUCCAGUGAUGAGUAUAUUUGUUUGUCUCUUCAUUUAUUUAUUUAUUUUUAAUUAAUUCAGAGGAUGGAAGUCUAGGAGGCCAAUCAAAUAAAAUAACAACUGAUAGGCUUUAGAUAUUCCAUAAAUUAAUUCUUAAUUAUGGGAAGAAAUGAUUUUCGUUUCUUUUCCUGGUCAUUUUGAAACCUGAACCUACAGCUUCAUCAUUAGGCAAAAGGGAGUUCAAAGAUUACGAUAGAGGAAGGAACAUUUCUUUCUGCAAUUUUUUAAAAAGCGAAGGCUUGGUAUUAUUUCCUUAGGCUAAAGGGAAAGUCACAAUUAAUUUACGUUACCCUUAAAAAAAACGAUAAACGAUAGAACAAACAAACAAAAGUUACAUCGGAUUUAUGAAGUCAAAGCAUUGUAAAGCAAAUGGCAAAGCAGUAAUAUGCCAUAAUUUGCAAAUUAAUAAUUUGCAUAUUUAACAUGCAGAGCUGCAUUCGAGUGUACUGUAUUUGCAUUUGUCAAAAUAGAUCGCAGGUAGCAAAAUAAACAUCUGGAACGGAGGCAUUUUAAGCUGAGUGGCCUCAUCCAAGGACGCUGUACUUACAAGAUUCUUGCUGUGAGGAGGGGCUUGAGCUACCCAUCACUUUCAUCACCUGUUUAUCAACAGUGAGAGAGCCUCUUAUCUUUCUGUACCAAAGUUUUAUAGUAACUGCCGUUCACUUUUCCUGUGUAUGAACCAUCCCCAUGAAUGAUUACUUCAUUCAUUCGUUUCUUAUAUUAGAUAAUUAAAAAGUUUAUUUGUGUAAUAUCUCCACUUGUUCCCCUGGAAAAGUGUCUCAUAUUGUUACACCAGGGUGCAGGCAUCUCAUUUAUCCUAAUCUAGUCUUUACAGUGGUACCUUGGUUCUCAAUCCGUUCCGGAAAUCUGUUCCAAAACCAAAGCGUUCCGAAACCAAGGCGCGCUUUCCCAUAGAAAGAAAUGCAAAAUGGAUUCAUCCAUUCCAGAUUUUUAAAAACAACCCCUAAAACAGCAAUUGAACAUGAAUUUAACUCUCUAAACAAGACCAUUGUUCCAUAAAAUGAAAGCAAUGUACUGCAGUCACACAAUCAAUCAGUAGCAUAACAGGGUUCCACACAGUCACAAAAACCAAACAAAAAGAGCAGCAAAAACAAAAACGCAAAAUAAAUGGCAAAAACAGACAGACCUCAGCGUAACACUCAAAACGGAGCACGUUCGGCUACAAAAACAAAAAGCUCGCAAGGCGGAACACUUACUUCCGGGUUUGUAGUGUUUGGGUUCCAAGUUGUUUGAGUACCAAGGCAUUUGAGAACCAAGGUACAUUGUACUGCAUUAUUCUUAAGCAACAGCAAAAUAAUUGGACAUGGAGGUUCCGCGUUACCAGAGAGCCGGGUUCUCUGUUUUCUCAAGGCUGGAGACAGGAAACUUAUGACCCUUCAGACAUGACUGAAUUCAAACUCCUAUGCAGGCUGGGGGUGAUGGGAACUGGAGUCAAAGAGCACCUGAAACACCACAAAUUCCUUAUCCCCGGUCAAGUCGUAACAUCUUCUCCUUUCCCCCUGAAAGAGAAAUUUGUUUUCCUUCCAGGAGUAAAAAUAUUUUCUAAUCUCCUCCACCCACCUGCACUCUUGUUGCUAUGUCCACGCCUACACUUUUUAUUUUGGGAAGAUUCUUCCUUGGGAGGUUCUGACGCUGUUUUAUCUAGAAAAGAAUUGAUCGUUAGCUUAAAACUGAUUGGCAGUGCAUGAAUGCAGAUCUUACGUUUGUCCUGUACGCCGGUUUCUACACAUUAUCUCAUAUAUAUAUAUGUGUGUGUGUGUGUGUGUGUGUGUUUUAACAUAUCAUUUUCAACAGUAAUUAAACAUACUUUUACAUCUUAUACAACUUUUUGACUUCCAUCAAUCUCGUCUGAAAAUUUUCCAAUCUAAUCUCUUAGGAUACAUUUCUUACUUCCCCUAUUACAUAAGUCUCAUAACUAAUAUCUCUGUUCUUUUUCUACUUUGUACCUUUUCUUAUAUUUCUCCUUGCAAAACUUCUUGUAGUCCUACUAACGUAAUUUGUUGAUUACAAUUGCUCUUCAAAUAGUUCAUAUACUUCUUCCAAUCUUCUGUAAAUCUCUGGUCCUGCAGGUUUCAAAUCCUUCCUGUCAUUUUGUCCAACUCUGCAUAGUCCAUUAAUUUUAUCUGCCAUUCUUCUUUCGUCGGUUUCUACACAUUAUCUCACAUACCCCUUCUCUAUCCUGCCUUCGGCCAACUAACAGGCAUUGUCAGAGUUCAAGGAAGAAGAAGAGUUUGGAUUUACUAUCCCGCUUUAUCACUACCUGAAGGAGUCUCAAAGCGGCUAACAUUCUCCUUUCCCUUCCUCCCCCACAACAAACACUCUGUGAGGUGAGUGAGGCUGAGAGACUUCAGAGAAGUGUGACUGGCCCAAGGUCACCCAGCAGCUGCAUGUGGAGGAGCGGGGAAGCGAACCCGGUUCACCAGAUUACGAGUCUAUCGCUCUUAACCACUACACCACACUGGCUGGAAGCAUUCCAGCCAGGCGAAAAUACUGAAUAAUGGUAUGAAGGGUGUGGCUUGGGAAGAGUGGGUGUGGCUGAGGAAGGGGUGUGGCCUGGGGAGGGUUCCAAGGUCCAUAUAGAAAGGCGCGGAGGGCCGAAUUUGUCUCCUGGGCCUGAAAUCCCCCACCUCUGAUCUAUUGUUUUUCAGUUUCCUCAGACAUUUUAUGCUGUGUGCUUUCCCUCCUGCAGACGCUGGCUCUAGUAUGUCCUCUGGGAAGACGUCCAGUCUGGAAAGGUGCCCUAUUCCCACCCAUCUCUGAUCACCCAGCCUGCCAGUUUAGGUCAUAAGUUGGUACAAAAUGCAGGUCAGAUGGACAAGCCAUUCAUUCUCCUCUCCCCACUUUAAUCUUGGCAGGAGUUUCUUCCACUCAAGGAUAUAUAUGGCUUCUUGGAAAAGUUCCCCAGAGAAUUAAAAAAGUCGCCACAGAAAAUCCAUAGGGGGAAGCAUCCCGAGCAUGUAUAUGUCCUGACCUCAAAUAUACACUAAUGUGGUCUGAAGUGGAAAUGACUGAUUAUGAAAGAGUUCUUGGGAUUGUCAGUGGAAAUGGUCACCCAUUGUGUGCAACAACUGUGAAAAAGGGGGGCAUCUUAUGUUUGGAAUCCUCUAACCUAAACCAUCCAUAUACAGUGGUACCUUGGGUUACAGACGCUUCAGGUUACAGACUCUGCUAACCCAGAAAUAGUACCUUGGGUUAAGAACUUUGCUUCAGGAUGAGAACAGAAAUCGCGUGGUGGCGGUGGGGGGAGGCCCCAUUAGCUAAAGUGAUACCUCAAGUUAAGAACAGUUUCAGGUUAAGAACGGACCUCCAGAACGAAUUAAGUUCUUAACCCGAGGUACCACUGUACUGCAAUGCAUCAACACCUAAAAACUGGACCCACUAGCCCCAGAUUCCACCCAUUCCCCUGACACACCCACACAAAGGCCGAACUAGUAUAUGGCACACCUGCAGCUGUGCAGUUAUCUCUCCUCCUCUUGGUGUCAAUGGGAGGGGAAUUGAAAAUAAGGUUGAAUAGAAAGAAUUAGAAAAUUGAAGUGUUGGAGCAGGGUGUUUUUGCCCUGCCUGGUGCAGGGAAGUGGAAGCAUCUCUGUCACAGAAUUUCAUCACCACCUUAGGAUUUCUCUGUUAAGGUCCAAAACAAGGACUGAGGUGCAAUUAUUUCAGACUCUCCAAGCGUCCCUAUUUUCAGGGUCAGCCCCAGAUUUACAGAAGCCAUCCCAGUUUCUGAUUUUAUCCUGGAAUGUCCCACUUUUCCUUACGGCGUCCCUAUUUUCAUCGGAGAAAUGUUGGAGGGUGUGGAGUUACGUGACACACACACACACUCCAAGCCAAGGAGAUAAGUACGUAACUAUACAACCUUUAAGGGACGUGGGUGGCACUGAGGUCUAAACUACAGAGCCUAGGGCUUGUCGAUCAGAAGGUCGGCAGUUCUAAUCCCCGCAACGGGGUGAGCUCUCAUUGUUCGGUCCCAGCUCCUGUCAACCUAGCAGUUCAAAAGCAUGUCAAAGUACAAGUAGGUAAAUAGGUACUGCUCCUGCGGGAAGGUAAACGGUGUUUCCCUGCGCUGCUCUGGUUCGCCAGAAGCGGCUUAGUCAUGCUGGCCACAUGACCCGGAAGUUGUCUGCAGACAAACGCCGGCUCCCUCAGCCUAUAGAGCAAGAUGAGUGCCACAACCCCAGAGUUGUCUGUGACUGGACCAAACGGUCAGGGGUAACUUUACCUUUAGUUUUUAUACAACCUUUAGAAGACAUCUGAAGGCAGGCCUGUAUAGAAAAGUUUUUUAAUGUUUAAUUAUGUUUUUAUAUAUGUUAGAAGCAUCUCAGAGAGGCUGGGACAACUCAGUCAAAUGGGUGGGAUAUAAAAUUAUUGUUAUUUUUUAAGGACAUCCCUAUUUUCAUUAGAGAGAUAUUGGAGAAUAUGUUAUUUCUUAACAUUUUCUGGUCCAUCUCAAUGUCAAUGGAAUGAGAAAAUUUCAUCCCUGUUCUACCAUUUACCAUUGGAGGCUGAUAUUCAUAACAGCUCAAUGUAAAAGGUGAAAAAACUCCUGUGACUUAAUCAUUUCUAAUAUUGACAUAAAUGACCCACUUCUGCCCUCGUAUUCACCUUGGGGACAAUACUGCAGCAGUUAACGCCUCCCCAGGACUUACUACAGCCAAUAACUUCUGGUGAACCUGAUCUUAGAUGUACUUGGGAGAAGAUAGCGAUUCUUUUGUUUCCUGAAGACAAAAUAAGGGCCAGUCCAUCACUUGUAGUCUGAGAUCCUCAUUGGACAAAAGCAACCCAUGUUUGUUUUAACCUUGAUGCUAGAACACCACCGAACUCUGCUGAUUCUCCUACUGUGAAGAAUGCUGAGAGAAAGCAGCUGUAAUCUUGUCUAACUUAAGGUCUUUCUUAGUCACAUCCUGAAGUCAGCAAUGUGUUUACAGACACCACCGCGUCCUCGAUGUCUUCUCUUGAUGCUAACAAAGCCUUCUUGCCAGAAACAAGGCAGUGAAGCACAGUUAGUUUUAAUGCAGGGAACUGCUUUUUAAAGUGUGUUGGUUUCCCCCAACAUGCCUUAAGUUUAAUGAGAACAACUUGAUGUGUAUGUGGGUGUUCUUGUUCCUGAGCACAAAGGCCGCCAUUUUUACCAAAGGGAAACGUAUGAUCUGCCCUCUUUAGAGAAGUUUGUAAUGUUUGUCGUGUUUUUAAUAUUCUGUUGGGAGCCGCCCAGAGUAGCUGGGGAAACCCAGCCAGAUGGGCAGGAUAUCAACAAUAAAUUAUUAUUAUUAUUAUAAGAAACAGUCCCCACAAGUUCAACUUACCCAGAGCCUCUCUCCCAAACCCUUCCGCUCGUAGUAUGCAGUCACAAAAACAGCGCAGAAGCUUGGAAACUAGGUUAGGUUGUGUCAGGGAACUGACAUCGGAGCUAGAGGCGGAGGGAAGGCUCUCAAAUGAUGCUGGAGAAGGGCCCAGCAGGGAGAGAGGCAGCUCAGCAGAUGGGGAAGCAAAUCAGCGCAACACCAGUGAUAAAGGGGGGCAGAUGGGGGAAUCGGCGAGAGGGCUCCAGGACUCUUCACCGGACACCAGCGGGGAGAGCACGGGUCCUCCGCUACCCACGCCCUCCCUGCGCAGAAGACUUCCGCGCAGGGAGAGGAGGAGGAGACUGGGCGUCAAACAACUUUUAUGUUGGAAAAGGUUUAAGAAACGCCCACUGACGGAUUCUGCUAGCGACUGAGGCAGCCACGAAGUGAAGGGCUGUCCAGACAGAAAGGUUUAACAAGGCAACAUAGCCAGGAGAGGCGGCAACUUACGCACGAGCAACCCAUACUCAUUACAGGUUGCCAUCAGCAUUGCUGGUGUCACCCAAGGAUGGGGAAACUGUGGUCCUCUAGAUGUUGUUGGACUUCAAGUCCCAUCAGCACCGGUCAGGUUGGCCAAUAGCCAGGGUGAUAGGAGUUGUAGUACAACUUUUGGAAGGCCACAGGUUCAUCAUCCCUACUAUAAAGGCUUCUGGUUCAGGCCGGGACUGUACUGGGGCAAGAAUAUUCUUUACUCACUGGCUCCAACUCCUGGCAUGUUUUCUGGUUCUCUGACUCCCCAAGUUGGGCUCCUGUCUUGACUUGCAUUUUUGGCUCCAUUCAGUGUCUGCCCACAUGGUUCACUUCUGGCAUUGUUGGUGCACAACUACAACUGCAGUGGGGCUAGUAUGUGUUUGUUGAGUUAUGUUUACUGUCAAAAUAACACCGGUCUUGAAAGAUCUACAUUGGCUCCCAGUACGUUUCUGAGCACAAUUCAAAGUGUUGGUGCUGACCUUGACAGCCCUAAACGGCCUUGGUCCAGUAUACCUGAAGGAGCGUCUCCACCCCCAUCGUUCUGCCCGGACACUGAGGUCCAGCACUGAGGGCCUUUUUGGUAGUGGCACCCGCCCUGUGGAACAUCCUCCCACCAGAUGUCAAAGAAAACAACAACUACCAGACUUUUAGAAGACAUCUGAAGGCAGCCCUGUUUAGGGAAGCUUUUAAUGUUUAACAGACCACUGUAUUUUAAUAUUUUGGGAAUAUUAAAACCCAGGGAAACCCAGCCAGAUGGGCGAGGUAUAAAUAAUAAAUUAUUAUUAUUAUUAUUAUUAUUAUUAUUAUUAUUUAAAAAAUAUCAAUAUCCCAGCUCAGGGCCGACCCAUGACACUUUUGGCACCUGAGGCAAACCACAAAAUGGUGCCUUCCCAUCGGGGAGAGAAGGGAUGAGUGAAGAUUUACAAGGGGAACAAAGUUUGAGGGGAGGGAAUAGUGAUUUACAUGGUGAACAGGGGUGGGGGGAGAGGUGGGACUGGACUGGGGGCUGCCAGGGAGGAAGCAGAUCCUGGCAGCUGUCACGGCCACCAUGGCAGCGGCAGCAGGCGAUGCAUUCCUUGGAAGCCAGGCCUGCUGCCCCUGUGAAUUCUGCCACCCGAGGCAGUCUUCUCACCUUGCUUGUCUCAUGGGUGGGCCGGCCCUUUCCCAUCUCUUUCUCGGAGAUCAUCUACAGGAGCAUCGCUGGUUGAUUGCCAGGUUGGUGAGGCUCCUUUAGACAACAACAAGAAACCAAUCCUUCAAUGUCAUCGGCCCAGUCUUCUGGAAUACUCUGCCAACAGAGAGUCAGCCUUCUGUGCCAACUUUUAAAUGCCUGUUUCUUUUCCGUCAGGCUGAUGCAGGCAAUUAAGAAUACAUAUUUUCAUAACAGAUUCUGAUCUUAACAUUUUUACAUAGCUUCCGCUGUAUGGUUUUAUGCAUAAUUUGUUGCCAGUUGCUCUGAUAAAAAAAAAAAGGAAUAGCAAUAUAUAAAUAUUUUUUUACACACAAAUAAAGAAACAUAUAUAUUUGAAAGAUGGGUGACACCUGGCUUGAGAGCAGUACAUGUGAAAAGGAUCUAGGAGUCUUGGUUGACCACAAACUUGACAUGAGCCAACAGUGUGACGCGGCAGCUAAAAAAGCCAAUGCAAUUACGGGCUACAUCAAUAGGAGUAUAGCAUCUAGAUCAAGGGAAGUAAUAGUGCCACUGUAUUCUGCUCUGGUCAGACCUCACCUGGAGUACUGUGUCCAGUUCUGGGCACCACAGUUCAAGAAGGACACUGACAAACUGGAACGUGUCCAGAGGAGGGCAACCAAAAUGGUCAAAGGCCUGGAAACGAUGCCUUAUGAGGAACGGCUAAGGGAGCUGGGCAUGUUUAGCCUGGAGAAGAGGAGGUUAAGGGGUGAUAUGAUAGCCAUGUUCAAAUAUAUAAAAGGAUGUCACAUAGAGGAGGGAGAAAGGUUGUUUUCUGCUGCUCCAGAGAAGCGGACACGGAGCAAUGGAUCCAAACUACAAGAAAGAAGAUUCCACCUAAACAUUAGGAAGAACUUCCUGACAGUAAGAGCUGUUCGACAGUGGAAUUUGCUGCCAAGGAGUGUGGUGGAGUCUCCUUCUUUGGAGGUCUUUAAGCAGAGGCUUGACAACCAUAUGUCAGGAGUGCUCUGAUGGUGUUUCCUGCUUGGCAGGGGGUUGGACUUGAUGGCCCUUGUGGUCUAUUCCAACUCUAUGAUUCUAUGAAAGCCUAAACAUAUUAUUAUGCUUGUCAUACGUCAGGAAAAUUCCUGACAUGUCCUGGGUGUAAAAAUGGCGUAAGGGGGAGAAUUUGACUGAACUGGCAAAAUGUCAGGGAAAACCCGUAUGUAUGGAAGUUUUCCCCCCCAAAAAGCUGAACAAUUUGGGUUUGUUCCCCUCAAAAAGCAGCUCAACAACUUUGUGGCAUUUUACUUCUUGAAAUGUGGCAACCCUAAAACAUAUACUGUACAGUGGUACCUCAGGUUACAUACACUUCAGGUUACAUACGCUUCAGGUUACAGACUCCACUAACCCAGAAAUAGUACCUCGGGUUAAGAACUUUGCUUCAGGACGAAUUAAAUACUUAACCUGAGGCACCACUGUAUUUCCAAAAAGCCAACAAAAAAUGUAACUCUACCCGAAAUUGAUAGUCAGCAGGCAGGUCUCAAGAGCUUUGUGGUAUCAACUUCCUGUGUGUGUGUGUGUGUGUGUGUGUGUGUGUGUGUCUUUUAUGCAGGAAGACAAUGGCCCCUGUGUUCUUUGAUCCCCUCAUGGAUGAUGACUCUCUUUCACUCUCUGUAAUUUAUCUUCUCUCCCUGAUUUCGGUAGCUGUUUGAGCCUCCGUAUGAAAGGCUGUAGCUCCCACUUUUCCUUUAAUGAGAUCUGAUUCGCCACAUUUUUAGUGUGGCAGAGAAGUCUGAGCGGGGGAUGCGGUGAGAGGCGGCGAGAGAAAGGUCCAUUUUGGUUGGGAAGCUUGCUUUGAUGGAAAUCAAACACGGAGCAUUUUUUUUAAAAAAAGAAACCCAAAACACAGGGGAGCUGGAGAUAAAUACAGCAUUAAAAGAGCCGGCUUCAGACCAGAUGUAAUUAUGUUUCAUGCGUUGCACCUAUAUGUAUAUGUGUGUGUGUGUGUGUGUGUGUGUGUGUGUGUAUACCUCUGCCCAGAAAAUUGGUUCUGCAAGCCGAGAGUGUAAUUACACAUUAUCCAUCGUUCUUUCCAUUAUUCUUUUUUAUGGACUUUCACCUGACCCCCCGCCACUCACAUCUUACACAAUGCAGCCAUGGAAGAUGCAAUUUGAAAAGGAAGGCGAGUUUUUGCAAAAGAACAGCUUUUUAAGCUUUUCCGACUCGUACUGUUUUCCUGCUAAAACGUCCCUGCUUCUUCCACAGCAGCUUUUAGUCUUGCUGAGGAAUUUUUAUUUAUUUAUGUAUGAUUGUAUUUAUAUGCUACUGUUGCAAGAAUUUAUGUAUAGGUUGCGGGGGUGGGGGUGGGGUUUGCAGAUAUCAUGCACAUGCAGCCCACUACCAAAAUCAGCACAAUCACUUUUGUGACUUUUGUGAUUUGUCCCCAACAAAACACUUCAUCACAGUUUCUUCCUAGCUAUUCAAAAGGCCUCUGCUGCACAAUACCAAAUGUAAGAAUUCACUGAUAACUGUAUCUAUGUACUGGCUCACUGGGAAAACUUCAGAAAUUCAUAUAGACAUGUGAGCUCAGCUACUCAGCAGCCCCUCUGCCUGAGUGAUAAUCCCUGGCAUCCUGAUACCUGAGUGCCAGACAGGUAAUAACAAACCCAGAUGAAGACAAAAGGGUGUGAUUAACUUGGCUGGGAAACAGGGAAAUGUAAAUAUCUCUUUUGUUACACUUGAUGGGUGUUUGGUGGAGGGCAAGGAGAACCAUGGGGCAGGGUCCAGGAUGCUCAGAUUACUGCCACCAGACCUCCCCUUUCAUGAUGUAACCAUGAUGUAUUAGUGAUGUAGUUUUUUGGGGGGGUGUAACAAGGGGAUUAGCAACUAAUAAAAGUUUGGGUUCUCUUUUGUUCGGGGCGUCCAUCUUGUUCCACCUUGUGGCAGGUGGGAGUCCUGUCGCGACAGUCUUCAAUCAAGACCAAGCCUACUGGCUGCUGUUUUGCUCUGGUAUUCCUGGCUGGUGUCCUUGUUUUUUGUCCAAGGGAGCCCUCAGAUUUCUCCAUUAACACCACCAUUCCUUUAAAGAGCUCCUGGGCAGCAUGCGUGGUUUGGGCCCUCUUCCCACACCUUUUAGUCUCUCCCACGACAAGAAGAAGAAGAAGAAGAAGAGUUUGGAUUUGAUAUCCCGCCUUUCACUCCCCUUCAGGAGUCUCAAAGUGGCUAACAAUCUCCUUUUCCCUUCCUCCCCCACAACAAACACUCUGUGAGGUGAGUGGGGCUGAGAGACUUCAAAGAAGUGUGACUGGCCCAAGGUCACCCAGCAGCUGCAUGUGGAGGAGCGGAGACGCGAACCCGGUUCCCCAGAUUACGAGACUACCGCUCUUAACCACUACACCACUACGGGGUAGGCUAUAACAGCCCUUAAGGAUUCGCGUUAGAAACUCAGAUAUAUUAUCUGAACACCAAAUGGCACAUUAAACCUAGGUUACGGCCGCCAGGACAGAAUGUAUAUUUGUCCCAGGAAUUUGAACGGUAAGCUCUGAGCAUGACUAAUAUUGGAUACAAUGAUCCCUUCACUUCCAGGUUCUACUAGGAAAAGGAAAGCCGGAGGCUGAGAUCAGGAGGCGCUGGAAACGUUGCAGGAGCUUCAGCUAAAGUUUGCAGGGUUAGGAGGUGGAGGACAGGAGAUCACUUUGAAAUGUAAGCCGUGGGGCGUAAAGCCUGCAAACCGGAGAUCUAAUUAGCCACAGCCUGCCUCUCUCUCUCUCUCCUGUGCCCCUGUAAUUAAUUUUGGCAGGCUCCCCAUCAGUAACAGUUGCAAACCUUUUGGCAAAAAGCAUUCAUGCUGCCAGAUUAUUCUCCUGCCAAGUGAGAGGGGACAAACGCUGUGUCUCCUCACUGCAGCAAGCUCAAAAAGGAGGCUAACAGCUAGCGAGUGCUGACCGUGCUUGCUCAGGAGUAAAUCCCAUUUGUUUUGAGGGUGCCAAGAACCGUAUCUUCCCUUCAAUAAUAAAAAAGGGUACCUUUCCCUAGACCCAAGCUAUCAUUUCACUCCCCUUUUGCUUCUUGUUACGGCCAGCAAGGAGUAUGGUAUGGGGGGGGGGUAUUUUUAUUUUCUUUAAAAAAAAAAAUACAGUCAUACCUCGGGUUAAAGUUGCUUCAGGUUGAGCGUUUUCAGGUUGCGCUCCACGGCAAUGCGUUACUUCCGGGUUUCGCCGCUCGCGCAUGCGCAGAUGCUCAAAAUGACGUCACGCUCAUGCGCAGAAGCGGCGAAUCGUGACCCGCGCACGCGCAGACACGAGUUGCGUUCGCUUCAGGAUUCGGGAACGGAUUCUGUUCGCAUCCAGAGGUACCACUGUAAAUUCUACCAUUCUCUUGAAAUAAAAAAUUUAAGGUCUUAUAUAUAUAAUAAAUGUACCAACCAAGCACGUACAUAGAUAUGCUGACCACAUGUCUGGAGCAGCACAGGAAGACCGUCCUGAAACCAUUUUGACUCCCAAACUGACCAAAUGUUUUCCCUGCAAGGGGCGGGGGGAGGAGGGAACCUUCCUGUUGUCUCAGGAAUUGGGUAAUCACCAUCUCAAAGGAAUGGGCAGACUACCAGGAAAGGCAAUCAGAUAAGGAAGGCAUUAUCAGAUAACCUGCCAGACAGGAAAAACAAUGUUCAAAUUUCUGUUGUAGACCGCCUUUUCUGUGAUGUAGGUAUGAUGUUUGUGGGGGGUGGUCUUGAGCUCCAGGGCAGGCAAUUUAAAAUGUCUAUAUAAGGGCAGGGACACCUUGGUUCUGGGUCCUCCUCUGUCCUCCUGCAUGUGAGGGGCACAAGCUGUUGCAACAGUUAAUAAAGAUCAGGCUUACUAGCUGCUUUGCUUCUCAAUAUUCUCUGGUUGGCCUCUUAUUUUCUCCUACCAAUGGAAAACCUACAAAGGGCUCUAUAAAGGGCUCUUGUAUACCCCAUAAGGGAAUAAGGGCAGAUUUUGUUUACAACACUCUCACCCACUGGGAACUGCUGGGAUAGAAGGCAGGGGUCCAAGCAGAAAGUGAAGCCAUAGGCAGAUCUCACUCAUUCCAGUUUUGUCUCCAUCCUCCUCUUCCCUCCUGAAAUCUACAAGGGGCAACGCUGAAACUAAGGAGGAGGGGGCUUGCUGAUGGCCGACUGAGGUUGGUGGGGCAGUGCCCCCAUUUCCCCACAAGCGCCAACUUUCCUUUCAUCGUGGAACCCAUCCCCAGGUAGUACAGCUGUGGUUCCCAGGUAGACAUCCAUCCACCUGUAGACAAGACCAGAGCCAGAGGACCAGAGCCAUGAGGCACAAACCAGCAGUAAAUCACAUGAAGGAAGUCGAGUUAACUCUUUAUUCGAAAGAAACAAGGUCUGCACAGGAGUGUCAGGCCUAAUGAGCACAUCAGCUCAACUCUGGUCGUUCUUGCCCCCCCAUGAAGCAUUUGCUGAGACUGAAGGGAACACUUGCUGAUGCUGAAGGUGCAGAAUAUAAACUACGGUAAGAUAAACCAACACAGAGUGCUUUGGAAACUGUUCAUAGCAUUUCCGGACAAUUUGUUUUUAGAAUCUGUGUUCUAGUUGCGACGGUUUCAGUCCAUAAAACAAAAAAAAUUAUAACAUAAGAGCUCGAGAAGAGCAGGAUCAGGCCAACGGCCCAUUGUGAUUUCCUGAGCUCCUCAUCUUGCUGGUUGCUCUUCACAAAAUACAAUACUUGCCAAGUUCUGCUCUAUCCCAGGUAUUAAUCAGGAUUGGUGUCUAUCGUAUGAGAUGUAAAACCAAGGGCUUGACCUUAGUCAAGUAUUUUGAUUAAAGAUCUGUCGAGUUUCUUGUAACAGUAGCCGGGUUAAGCUUUCUGGGAUCAGUUCCAGAGCUGGUAAUUUCACCCUGAAUUUUCUAUGAGAACUUGAAACUAUUCUUCCUUGGGUGGAUGGUGGCUGUCUUUUUCUCUCUCUUCCACAGCUUCUCAGAUCUUUCUCUUUUCGCAUCUGCUUGCUUCAGGAAAGCCAGUAGGAUGGGCUAAAAGCACAUUUCUACCACCCCCAUAAACUAGAGAGAGCCCUGUCUUGAGUGAGUGGAUUAGAUCGCUGGGUUGCUUAGAUACCCAGUCAUCAUGAGGUACACGUGAUCCAGGGGUAUCCAACUUUUUUGGGGCCAAUGGGCACAUUUGGAAUUUCCAGAAAGUUCUGCGGGUGCCCAUCACAAAAUGGCUGCCAAAGGGGAGUGGGGGUAUGGCGUAACACAAAAUAGCUGCUAGGCAGGGUGGCGUAAACCAAAAUGGCUGCCACAUAUGGAAGAGGAGGAAAAAGAGGGCCACAAAGCAGUGUGGGCAUGCCUCACCCUGCCAGCUACCCCAUUUUGUCAUUAAAAAGGCACCUGCACCGGCCAUCUCACUCACAGGGAAAAGAUCUUGCACCUCACCUCUGUUCAGAACAAAUGCCCACUCCUGGCAUUAGAUGAAAGGUGGACAUUGUUAAAUUGCUCAUGUAAGAGGAACAGAAAAAGAAGAGCAGGCUCUUGUGUAUUGUGGUCUUUGAGGUGAUAUUUAUUGAGACCUUUCACCAAUGCCAUGGGGGGGGGCUGGCAGGGACCCCAAUGCCACAUGCCUCACAGUGGUGAGCCCUGUGACUCCCAAAAUACAGCGUAUGCAUCAUACACUUAAAACACGUUCAGUGCACAUUUAAAGCACCUGCCUUCCCCCACCCCCGGAGAAUCCUGGGAGCUGUAGUUUGUUACAGGUGCUGGGAACUGUAGCUCUGUGAGGUGGAAACUAUUUCCCCCAAGAUUCUUUGUGCUAAGUCAUGUACUUUUAAUGUGCUUUACAUUUAGGGUGUGGAUCUGCCCAAAGCAAAAGAAAAACAGGGAAGCCUUGAAAGAGGAAUGAGCAUGUUUGGUGGAGAGGGAUUAGAGGCAGAUGAAAUUCCUGUUUUCUUUCAUAUAUAGAUGUAUAAUUGGCAAUGGGAGUGACAAGGAAGUCUAAUGCAUGUAAGCUUCGCUGUCCUUGAGAAUGUCUCUGUAGCUGCAACCUUUCCCUUAAGGGGGAUAAAGUGCCUUUUUGACUCUGGCAGAGAGAAACAGCAGAGGUAGCACUAACAAAUUAUUAGAGCGCUGCUUCCUUAACAAAGCUGUUAUACGAAAAAUCUGGGGUUGGCUUUUACAGCCCAACUCCCCAUCAAGGGAUUCAGGAUCCCCUAAGUCCAUUGUAAGUCAGAGAAGGAUGGAUGGAGGUAACAUCCAGUCAAAGCAAGGCAGAUGACAACAACAACAACUUAUUUAUGCCACGCCCAUCUGGCUGGGUUUCCCCGGCCACUCUGGGAGGCUUCCAACAACAGAUUAAAAUUACAUUAAAACAUCAGUCAUUGAAAACUUCCCUAAACAGGGCUGCCUUAUUUUUCUGUUGCAGCAGAGUCCCCGCCCCUCUUGCAAGGAGAUGAGGACCCAGAACAGAGAGUGCAAGAACUUAAAACCCCCCAAACAACUUCAGAAAUUGCCCACCACCCAAAAGCGUCCGACAGGUGUCACAGAAAUAGGAGGUCUACAACAGAAAUUUGAAAGUGUGGCUUGUCUCCUGUCUGUCAAGAUACCUGAUAAUGUUCACUGACUGGUUUACCUCAUGGGUAGGCAACCUAAGGCCCGGAGGCCAGAUCCGGCCCAAUCACCUUCUAAAUCCGGCCCACGGACAGUCCUGGAAUCAGCGUGUUUUUACAUGAGUAAAAUGUGUGCUUUUAUUUAAAAUGCAUCUCUGGGUUAUUUGUGGGGCAUAGGAAUUCGUUCAUUCCCCCCCCCCCAAAUAUAGUCCAGUCCCCCACAAGGUCUGAGGGACAGUGGACCGGCCCCCUGCUGAAAAAGUUUGCUGACCCCUGCUUUACCUGGUCAGUGUGGGCCAUUUUUGGAGAUGGUAAAUACUUUAGUUCUUGACUCCAAUUCACAGGCCUACGCUAUUCAUACACAAAAUAUGCCCUUAAAACAAGAUUUGUGGAAAGAACUAUUGGGACAGAUUUCUUCCAAGAUACUUCACUCUACAGAGAAAUAUUUGUGGUCCUUAAGGAUGAAGAUGGCUUCAGGAUUCUCUCCUGUACUCUUUCAGACAUGUGGUUUAUAUACCGGUGUGUGUUUACCUUGCACGCUUAUGAACAUUCAUUUUAUUUAUGGCAUCUUAGAAUUCUUAUGACAAAGCCAAUAAAGAAACCUGUGCUAGUGAGCAAUCUCUCUUGUCCCCUUGUCCAAGGCCAUCCCUUCAAAAGUAGAUUUCUCUUUUCAGUGGAUAAAAGCCUUCUCUCCUGAUAUGCAGCCCAUAACACAGCCACUGCAACAGGGCUGGGGAACUACAACUCCCAUCAUCCCUGGCCACAGGCCAUGCAGCUGGGGUUGAUGGGAGUUGGAGUCCAACAGUGCCUGAAGAGCCACAGGUUCCUCACCUCACUGUAUGGGUGCUACAGACCCAGGAUGGGCCACGGUUCCCCCAUCACGAGGACCCACUUACUUUAGCAAAACAAGCCUUUGCCACCAUGCAAUCUGGGACGCGGGUGGCGCUGUGGGUUAAACCACAGAGCCUAGGAUUUGCUGAACAGAAGGUUGGCGGUUCAAAUCCCCGCGACAGGGUGAGCUCCUGUUGCUUGGUCCCUGCUCCUGCCAACCUAGCAUUUUGAAAGCAUGUCACAGUGCAAGUAGAUAAAUAGGUACCGCUCCGGUGGGAAGGUAAAUGGUGUUUCCGUGCGCUGCUCUGGUUCGCCAGAAGCGCCUUAGUCAUGCUGGCCACAUGACCCGGAAGCUGUACGCCAGCUCCCUCGGCCAAUAAAGCGAGAUGAGCACCGCAACCCCAGAGUUGGCCACGACUGGACCUAAUGGUCAGGGGUCCCUUUACCUUUUAAUCUGGGAAAUGUUCCUAAAACUAAUCCGUGAAUUUGAGGCAGAGCCAAGAUUUGAACUGAGAAUCACAAUCCUUGCCACCCCAACAACACCAGCUGAUGACUUGUUCCGCUUACCAUCAGUUAGCUGAAAUAUAGGUCAGUGUCGUUGAAUUCAUUGUUUAAAAUACUCUGCACCCCUGGGAUGUGUUUUCGUUUGGACUGAUUGCUUAGUGCCCGUAAAUAAGUGGCUUUAGGGUGAGAGAAAAUUUGGGCUAAGCGCAGGCGUCGGGGGAAUUGCCUCUCUUUGCAGAGUCUGUGUCAGCACAUUAAACAUUCAGAAAACUGACUGUGUUCUAAACUUUUAAAGCUCAGGAGCCAAGCUUUUGGCUCCUCAGCACAAUUAUAAUCAGAAAAGCAGCACCUUUGGUCUUUCUGUACAAAGCCUGGGCUUCCCUAUGAUUUACCUCCUAUUUAGUUGAGACCUAGUUGAGGAUGCAUGGAGGGGUCUUACAAACUGUUGCUAUUUUCAGGUGGGAUUCAAUCAUAUGCCAGAAAAUUCAGGCUGCACAAUUAAAGCUGAUUGGGAGGCCUUGACCAACAAAGUCUCUUCCUCUAAUAUUGGACUGUUUGCUGUAAGAAAAGUGAUGGGAAAUUGCUAUAUAAAAAGUGGUGCAGAGUGUGGCUUAACACUUGCAUUGACACACCACGGGGAGGCUAGAUCUGGAUUUUGUUUUCUGUCCUUUUCUCAUUUUUCCAAUCGAAAGUUGAAUUCUCCACAGUUCCCCAUCAGUUUGCAAAUUUGUAUGAAGAACUCACGGAAAUUCACCAGCAAUUUAGUGAGAAUUCCUCUCACUAGGCACAUCCUUGUGUGCAAUUUGGCCUAAUAUAUACAUUUUGGCAAAGCAAUUACCUCUAAAAUAAUGCCUCUGUGUUAUCUUCGCUAACACCUGCAUUUUGUGGGCAUUCUGCCUGACCAGAUGAAUUUUCUAACACGUUACUUGGCUGAAUUGAAAAAUUCAGAGAAGGGUUGCUGUGCUUCCGUUUUUGUAUGGUUUCUUUGACAUGCAGUGCUAUAGAUAUAACACAGUUGAGAGGAUACUAAUGUUUACGAUCUCUGAAUCUGAUUAAGAUGUUUUCUUAUUGUUUUUAUAGCCCAUCUGAGAAAUCUGAGAGAAUGUUGAUGGGAUUUGGUGGGAUAUUAAAGCCUGUUUUCAAGCAGAUAGUGUAUAGUACUUUCCCCUUCCUCUGUCAUUAUCUUUCCACCAUUUCCACAUGCCGCUGAGCUAUCACAACAGCACGGAUGAUUCUGCUAUCUUGGGCAAGCAUCACGUUUUUCCCAGGUGCAAAAAUACGAUGCUUUUGAGUGUUGGGCAAAUGUGAUAUCCCUGAAUACAAGCAUAAACUUGUCGGAAGAGGCAUGGGCUGGAAAAACAAAUGAAAUUCCGGUGCUCGUCUGUGUAAAAUUCUGCAUUUGCAAAGGUAAAAAUAAAUAAAUAUACAGGUUGCCUGCUGUGGGGCUGGUUUAAGGUCCUGAUUACGAUCCUGAUUUGGAAGAUGUACCCUGUGGCUUUCAGAACCAUGAAUUUUUGCACCUUCUUUUAAGGGUUUUAGGUGUUUUUGGUUUUUUAAAAAAUUGUCAGAGCGAAUGCCCUGCUGUUAAAAGUGUGAAGGAGAAGAGGAGACUGAACAUUAUCCGACAUAUAUUUAGCUGAAGCCGUGACCUCCCGCUAAUGGAAGCAUACCGAUGCUUCUGUUGGCUUCUGUGUUUUUCCUGCAGUCAAGCUGAUCUCUGCAAACGUGCCUAUCGAACCCCAAAGCCCUCCUAAUUUGUACCACUCAUGGAGAUGCAAUCCGCAAGCAAGCGGGCAGUGAGGUGGGAUGUAAAAGGCUUUUUAUGUUCAGCAGCAAGACCUCAGGCGCUAUUGAUUGCGGAAAGGAAAGGUAUCAUCGCAUCCCCCGCUGCUUAUAAUGUGGCUCAUCAGACACUGAGUUAAGUGCUAGCGACACCCUGGCGGGCUUCACAAAGUCACAUUGAGAGUCGCUUCAUCAUCGCAGUUGAGAUUUUGUAGUCAGCCCUUCCUUCCUUCCUUCCUUCCUUCCUUCCUUCCUUCCUUCCUUCCUUCCUUCUGCUGCCUCAUUCCUCGCUCGAUUCAGAUGGGUCCUUGUGUGCUCUUGUCGGCGCCCACAAUGUAACUGCAGGGCAAUCUCUGUGAAAAGGCCCAUUUCUCAAUAUUCCACCACGUCCUGAUAUUUAUGCAUUUUGGAGGGUUGCCAACAUUUCCGCUAGCCUCAGUAGCUGUGCCUUGAAGAUCUUGGCUGGCUUACAUUAGCUGGCAAUGCUUAUCUGUCUGCUGGGGAAAAGUUUUGCUUGCAGAUUAAGCAACCGCUGGAGCAGACCAGACCAUUUGUGCGGUCAGUUGGCAACCCAAGAAAUGCAGUUUAUUUUUAAGGGCAACACUCUGCCCUCUGACUGUCACUAUUUUGUGGGAGGAAAUCAAGCACUUACUGGAAAUUUUGGUUAGUGUGAUUAAAAUCAAUGAAAGGGCUCUGUCACACUAGCACAACCAAUCCACUUUUUAAAAAAAUGAAGCACACAGACGUUAUGUGGUUAGUAACUGUGACGUUAACAUAGGAGAGUGCUGGAGGUGAAUUAGUUAAACAAGUUACCCAAUCAGAACCCAGGGGGGUGGAGUCAGAGGGACUAUAAAACCAGCUCUGGGAGGGGCAAAAGGGGAGUUUGUUGGGAGUUGGGUGGUUGGUUGGAGUGGGAGUGAAUUGGGAUAGAGUCUGUGGGUAGGUGGAGUUAGGGUAGCGAAAUAAGCUGAGUCAGGAACAGUUAGGGGCUAGGAAGACAAGUAAAUAUCUGAGAGGUGGUUUAGUGAGUGAGAGCAGGUAGCGGAGGUUAUAGGUCUGGAUAGGCACCCCAUGAUUGUAAUGGACCGAUACCAUUUAUGAAACCACAUGCUUGGUAAACUGCAAUAAAUAAACAGAAGUUUAUGUUCCAAUUUAACCCUGACUGGACUCAGUAUUGUACCAGGUAGGGCCUGGGUGGUGGCAGCAAGAAAUAAAGUGGUUGCACAGGGAUCAAUAGACGGUGAAAAGUCCAGGGACCCUGUGUGAUUGCCACAGUAACGUUAUGGGGGAAAUACACUGGAAUGUUUGGGGCAAAUGAAUGAUUAAUGGGAGGGUAUAUAAACACUGCGUAAGCAAAUCAGGAUGAAUGCAGAAUGUCACAUAACCUCCCCACAAACAAAGCAGAACAAGUGUUCAAUAAAGACCAGGCAUAGUUAACCUCUGCGCAGGCGUUGUGUGAGCAAGUCAAGAUGAAUUCUCAAUAAACUGGUCAUCUAGAGCAGUGUUUCCCAACCUUGGGCCUCUAGCUGUUUUCGAACUACAAUUCCCAUCAUCCCUGACCACUGGUCUUGCUAGCUGAGGAUUAUGGGAGUUGUAGUCCAAAAACAGCUGGAGGCCCAAGGUUGGGGAACACUGAUCUAGAGGAUCUGUAAAUACUGCAUUUGUUCCAUCAUGGAAGUCUAAGCUAUGUACCUGGAGUACCCAGGCCAUCUUUCAUCUAGGCAAUGACCAGACCAGAUCUACGGUACUUAGCUUCAGUAAGCUUGCUAAAUAGUGCCUUCAAACUAUUCUCUGGGCUGUCAUUGUAGUCUAGUGUGACCCUGAAAACAAGGUGGGGCUAUGCAAAUAGCAACAGUCUUGAUCUGUAACUAGUAAGGUGUCACAGAGUGAGCCUGUCAGUUAAUCACACAGUUUGAAGAUGGAGUUAACUCUUUAUUAGCAAAAACAAACCAAGACAACAUCUUAAAAAGCAGAGACAUCACCUUGCCAACAAAGGCCCGUAUAGUUAAAGCUAUGGUUUUCCCAGUAGUGAUGUAUGGAAGUGAGAGCUGGACCAUAAAGAAGGCUGAUCGCUGAAAAAUUGAUGCUUUUGAAUUAUGGUGCUGGAGGAGACUCUUGAGAGUCCCAUGGACUGAAGAAGAUCAAACCUCUCCAUUCUGAAGGAAAUCAGCCCUGAGUGCUCACUGGAAGGACAGAUCGUGAAGCUGAGGCUCCAAUACUUUGGCCACCUCGUGAGAAGAGAAGACUCCCUGGAAAAGACCCUGAUGUUGGGAAAGAUGGAGGGCACAAGGAGAAGGGGACGACAGAGGACGAGAUGGUUUGGACAGUGUUCUCGAAGCUACCAGCAUGAGUUUGACCAAACUGCGGGAGGCAGUGGAAGACAGAAGUGCCUGACGUGCUCUGGUCCAUGGGGUCACGAAGAGUCAGACACAACUAAACGACUAAACAACAACCACAAGCAAAAACAUGGCAACCCCAUCUGGAACUGGUCACCUCCCAGAAGCUGUUCAACACCAUCAGCUCCACCCAGUAUGGCCAAGGGUCAGGGUUGAUGGGAAUGCCAACCAGUGACAUCUGGAGGACGACAAGUUCUCCACUGCUGAUCUGGCCCAGUACUGCCUGUUCUGACUGGCAGUGAACAUGGGAAGCUGUCUUACACUGAAUCAGAAGAUGGAUCCAUCUAGCGCAGUAUUGUUCAGUGGUUCUGCAGGAAUUCAGGCAGGAUCCUCUUCCAAGCCCAGCUGGAGGUGUCGGAGACUCGACACAGAAUGUGAUCUACCUUUGAGCUAUGACCCUUCCAGGAAUAUGAUAUGGCUGUGACUCUUCAGCCAUAUGAUACGAGGCCUUUUAUUUCAUGUGCUACCUGAUCUUUUUAGCUGGAGACACUAGGGACAGAACCUGUGCCUACCGUUGAAAGAUGGCCCCUUCUGAUAAACUUACUUGUAAACUGCUCUCUCUCUCUCUCUUUGUAUGUAAGGCAGCUUAUGUAACACAAUUCAAAACAGUGUUUAAAAUGAGAAUAUUUAUAUGGCAGCCCUACAGAACACAUGUUGAAACAUGGACCAGUUUAGAAACGUAGCUGCAUUCCAAAACAGCUCUCCAAAUUAAGCUCCGUAAAACAAGGGGGUAAAUUAGGAAAAAAGCAGCCUGAAAUAUAUAUUAAAAAGUUUUAAAUUCCAUUUAUAGACGCCAUUUGCAAUUGACAGCACUCUCUCUCUCUCUCUCUCUCUCUCUCUCCUUUUAAACUUAGAUACUUUUGGUACCCAAGUUCCGAAACCCAAAAUUAUGUUUUGAUUUCAAUUGUGUUUUCAUCUGCACAGGAAAUCCUUCACAAGAAAUUCAACUGGCAAUUGCACAAAGGGGCGCAGUUGGAGGCACAAUUUUAAACCAGCCGUUGUUGCUAACCUGGUGCUGGCCAGAUGUUUUGAACUACAACUCCCAUCAAGUUGUACUGGGCUGGUGCCGAAUGGGAGUUGUGGUCCAAAACAUCUCACAGGCACCAGGUCGGCAAAGGAUUCUUUUGAUUGUCGCUGUUUAUGUUUACAGCUUUUGAGAACAAUGCACCUCGUUUGGUGCAAUCUUCAAGGCAGAGACUCCUUCAGGGACCGCAAUCUGUUUGGAUGAUGCUUCCUUGUUCCCGCUUCCACACAUGAUGAGCAAAAUUGACAUAUCUCAAAACGGAGCACGGAUGAAAGCCUUUCUGUUGGCGCCCAGAACGUGGGAGCACAGCUGGCUUUCUCUUGGCAGUAUUAGUGCUGCUAUGCUCAAAGUGAUAUAAAAGCAACAGGAGGGAUAUGGUUAUGGUGAAGCACAGAGCAGUAUCUUAGUGGGGGGAGAAGAUAAGCCCCCCUGAAGAGACAUGGGGAAUAAGAAGCUGGAGACAGCUUCAUCUUCAAAAGAUUCUGACAUCUUCAAAGGAGUCUUUUGCAGUUCUGGAGGACAGGGCAGAACAGAAGGUGUUCCUUGUAAAUUUCAGUCAGAUGAGACACGGGGAGAAGAGAUUAUGGUCCAUCAAAGGCAGAGAGGGUCUUUGGGAAUAGGCAGAGUUUAGUACUGUCACCUGCCAGUGUGGUGUAGUGGUUAAGAGCGGUGGACUCGUAAUCUGGGGAACCGGGUUCGCGUCUCCGCUCCUCCACAUGCAGCUGCUGGGUGACCUUGGGCUAGUCACACUUCUUUGAAGUCUCUCAGCCCCACUUACCUCAGAGAGUGUUUGUUGUGGGGGAGGAAGGGAAAGGAGAAUGUUAGCCGCUUUGAGACUCCCUAGGGUAGUGAUAAAGCGGGAUAUCAAAUCCAAACUCUUCUUCUUCUUCUUCUGCCAGUCGCUUGGGAAGUGCUGGGGAAUGGGAUGCUGGGGAAACAGGCCAGAAUUGUGUUUCCAGGCACACAUAUUGCAUUUGGAGGGUUACAUUAGAGUGAUAAAGGACACAAACUUGGGUUAUGGUUUUUGCCCGAAACCUAUAGUGUUCUAAUCAAUACAGUACACAAUCAGAGUGGGAGGUCAAGGCACAGCAGGUAUAUUGUGUUGGAAUCUUGAAAGCCCCCAAUUUAGGACUCUUUGGUGAGGGAAUCCCAGCAGAGAUUUAACAUGGCAAACCAUGCAGCGAAAAACCCCAUCAAUUUAUAGGUUGUUAAACCUUUAACAUGUGCCUUUCCAGCGAAUUCGAAAGUGUACCUCUUUCCUAGAAUCUCCCUCUUGCUUAUUCUCCAGCAGCUGCUAUGAGCUGCCCAGGGAGCAGUGGCCAUGGAGAGGCAACAGGAUGAGGCCACCAUCACCAUCGUUGCUCAGGACAAGCGCUGGCUCAUCCUCCUCGAGCUCAGCAGCAGCACUGGCGGGAAAUAGGGAAUUCUGGGAUAAAAUCAGAAGCUGGGGUGCCUUUUGUAAUUCUGGGACUGUCCCUGAAAAACAGGACACAUGGAGGGUAUGUAAUUAGAAAAAUUUAGCCCGCCAACAGCAACACCUAGGAGAGUCUGAGCUAUGUUUUAACAAGGAACAAUAACAGAUGCAAUUGCUUGGUAUUUACACUUUAUUUCUUUCUCUUCCCCCUCCCCCUGUUUCUCCUUUAUGUUUUGCAGCAUACCUGUGUUUCUUUGUGACCGCCCUGGGAGUGACAGCAGGGGCCCAUCGCCUGUGGAGUCACAGAUCUUACAAAGCCAAGCUACCAUUGCGGAUAUUCCUGGCUGUAGCAAAUUCAAUGGCCUUUCAGGUGAGCAACAGAGUGUUCGUUGUGGAGGAGGAAGGGAAAGGAGAAUGUUAGCUGCUUUGAGAAUCCUUAGGGUAGUGAUAAAGCGGGAUAUCAAAUCCCUCUAGCUCAGGGGUCUGCAACUUUUAAGACAAAAAGAGCCACUUGGACCGAAGAAAAAAAACCUGGGAGCCGCAAAACUAUUGCAACAUUUAAAACAGUGGGGAGUGUCGGGGCACACAAUGCGCCUCCUCCCCUCGCUAGUAUCCGCCCCGGAGCCGCGGUAAAGGUGUAAAAGAGCCACAUGCGGCUCCGGAGCCGCGGGUUGCUGACCCCUGCUCUAGCUACUGCCCAUGCAUGCCUACAAUUUCAUUUCUCCACUGAUGACAGGCUGCUCAAUGGGUGUAGAUUCCUUUGCAAGAAGAACUCCUCAUUCAUCCUCAAGAUGAACAAAACUCUGCAUGCAGACGCUUGGGUAAUGGAAGCAAAGCGGUUGGUAAUAGUAAUAGUAAUUUAUUAUUUGUACCCUGCCCAUCUGGCUGGGUUUCCCCAGCCACUCUGGGCAGCUUCCAACAAAGAUUAAAAAUACAUUAAAAUGUCACAUAUUAAAAACUUCCCUGAACAGGGCUGCCUUAAGAUGUCUUCUGAAUGUCAGGUAGUUGUUUUUCUCUUUGAUAUCUGAUGGAAGGGCGUUCCACAGGGCAGGCGCCACUACCGAGAAGGCCCUCUGUCUGGUUCCCUGCAGCUUAGCUUCUCGCAGUGAGGGAAGUGCCAGAAGGCCCUCGGCGCUGGACCUCAGUGUCCGAGCGGAACGAUGGGGGUGGAGACGCUCCUUCAGGUAUACUGGGCCAAGGCCGUUUAGGGCUUUAAAGGUCAACACCAACACUUGGAAUUGUGCUUGGAAACAUACUGGGAGCCAAUGUAGGUCUUUCAGGACCGGUGUUUUAUGGUCUUGGCAGCCGCUCCCAGUCACCAGUCUAGCUGCCGCAUUCUGGAUUAAUUGCAGUUUCCGGGUCACCUUCAAAGGUAGCCCCACGUAGAGCACAUUGCAGUAGUCCAAGCGGGAGUUAACUAGAGCUAGGGUUGAUGUAAAGCAGAGGGGAUUUUAUCACAUCAGGCCAGUGAUCCAUCUAGUUCAACAUUGUCUCCACUGACAGGCACUCCACUCUCCAGGUUUUCAGACAGGGAUCUCUUCCUGCCCUACCUGGAGAUGAAGGGGACUGAACCUUCUUCAUGCAAGACAGAUGCUCUGUCCCUGGGCCACAGCCCUUCUCCAUAACAUACGCUCCAGGAUUCUGCUGAUAAAAAUCAGGACAUGGGCCUCGUGCCUCCUUUCCAAAGCCUGGGAAGCUUCUGCCCAGCUUAGGAAAGCAGGCACAAUGCUCUGACAGGGAGCGAAAGCUGGGCAAGUGUUUGCCGGCUUUGGGAAGGAGGCAGGAGGGCUCAGGAUUUUGCCAGAGCCUCGCGCCUCCUUCCCAAAGGUUGGGAUGCUCUCCUUCACAAUGUGUCAGACUUCAGGGAAAUUAAUCCCUCCCCUGGUGGCAAUAAAUAAGCAGAUCCAACGAAAGGAGCAUUCUUACCCGAUAAGUUCUUUAAUGAUCACAGUAAGAGACAAAAGAAUGCAUCUCUCUCUCUUAAAAAAUGGCGUUGCUCCCAGUAAAAGGUUUACCCCCUCCGUCCCCAUUAAACUACGUCACUCCUAUGUUGGGUAAUCUGAGCUCAUUGCCAUUGCGCUUUCUGUUCUUCACACUUUCCAAGCCCUUCUAGUCUUGGGCGAAGGGGGAGUGUCAGGAAUGCUGUCCAAAGACACUGAAUUCCGCUCAUUUUCUCGUGUUUCCUCUUCUAGCUGUUCCUCACCCAGUAUUUUCCCCUCUGGACUAUGCCCCUCUGCAAACCACUGUUCUACAUCAAUACUGUCGUCCUGUCCUUGGGAAGGUUCAGAAAAAAGGGGGGGGUGGCUCCAACCAUUCCUCCUCAGUCCAGCCCCUGACACAAUGCCACUGCAGGAGCUGCUUCCAUGGCCCUUGUCCGCAGGUGGUGUGAAAUCAGGGCACCCCGGGACAAAGGCAGAGCCUGGGGCACCUUUUAAGAAAAGUGUGGCUGUCCCGGUUAAAUUGGGGCACUUGGAAGGUAUGCCAAAGGCAAGGGGUUGUUUGAAAUGGAGCGAUGAUGGAGGGGCCCUGCACUUACCACAUUUCUCCUGAAAAUCACUCUUCCCCAACAAUUUCAUUACAUUUUUUUAUUACACUUUUAGUUUGUAUACUGCCUUUCCGAAUUGCUAUACACAAGGCAGUUUACAAACUGAAGAAACAAUAAAGAUUGCUCUCCUUAUAGCAAUCUUAUCCAAUACAAAAAUGUAAUAAUAAACAAAGCUUUAAAAUAAGGAACUUGUAUCAGAUAAAGCAAUGUUCAACAAUCCAUUACAAUAUAAUAGUACACAAUAAAAUUAAAUGCCAGCAAAUAAUAAUUAAGCAGAAGUUUGCUCUUAACAAUUACAAUAAAUAAUUUCUAAACUAUAAUCAGUAAAAAUAAUAAUCCCUAAAAGGUCAAGUAAUGACUGAAUUGGGUGGAGGGAAAGCAAGCCGCUCUGUGUGAUAUCAUUUGACACAAACAGUUGUUUUUCCUGCUAUGGCAAACUGUGCUUGUGUUUGAAACUAUGUGCCUGCGAAGCUAAACUCAAAUCACUUAAACCCUCCUGCCGUCCCCCAUGCAGAAUGAUAUUUUCGAAUGGGCCCGAGACCACCGAGUCCACCACAAGUACUCGGAGACGGAUGCCGACCCCCACAAUGCCCAGCGCGGCUUUUUCUUCGCCCACAUUGGCUGGCUCUUUGUCCGGAAGCAUCGAGAUGUCAUAGAGAAAGGAAGGAAGCUGGACUUCAGUGACCUGCUGGACGACCCUGUUGUCAUGUUUCAAAGAAAGUGAGUGAGAUGGGAGCACAGGGGGAAAGACCUUAGCAAGAGGAGAAGACAGAGGGUUGUAUCCACGGCUAAUCCUACUCAGAAUACAGUCAUGCCUUGGAUACCAAACGCCUUUGUACUCGGACAUUUUGGCUCUCGAACUCUGCAAACCCAGAAGUGAGUGUUCCUGUUUGUGAACAUUCUUUGGAACCCAAAUGUCUGACUGGGCUUCCGUGGCUUCUGAUUGGCUGCAGGAGCUUCCUGCAGCCAAUCAGAAGCUGCGCCUUGGUUUCCGAACAUUUUGGAAGUCAAACGUACUUCCGGAACGGAUUCCGUUCGACUUCCAAGGUACGACUGUACACACAUUGAAGUUAACAGACAUUGCAAAAUUUAGUUCAUUCCGAAGAAGAAUCUUUAUUUGCUUCAGCCACUAGCCAUAGCAGUAAAAUAAAAUAAAAUGUACUGAAGAAAGGGGCAAAAACUUAACUAUAUAAAAUACAGUUGGGGGGUUUACAUCAAUAAUCAAAUAACAAAUCUUAUUCUAAUUGCCCCCGCUAAAAACCUUGCAGUUUUUGCUGUCCCCUGAUCAUCUUUCUCUGCUAAAAGAAAGGACACAGUAGCAAUGGCUGAGCGACCCGGCAUGGACAAUAAUAGAGGGGUAAUAACCUCAAAUCUUUAUAAAGAGGGCAAGCCAGAAGCACAUGAGCCACUGACUCAAUACUGCCGUCUCCGCAGUGGAAUUUAUUGAAAUUGACCCUCAAGUACAGCCGAGGACAGUAUAUUCAAUCUUGUGAAAGUGAAAGCGCAUCUGUAUUUUGGAAUUGUUAAAUUUUGCAAAUAGGGUGCCAAAGUGUCAAAAUGACCAGGUGGAGAAGAAUCAUACCAUGGACAAAAUUUCCUUAUUGUGGCCAGAUUAUUCUGUCGCUUGAUAUCAUAUAGGCACUGUUGAAUUAAAUUAUUUGCUUUAAUGAGGCCCAGUGUUAAUAACUGUUUUGGUGAUAAACCAGAAAAGUAAAGAUUUUGGGUGACAAUUCUAGUCCAAGCGCUCUCAUGACAAAUCUUGAGAUACUAGGGGUAGUAGACCAGUAGAUCAGUUCAUUCAUUUUAGCAGGUCUAUGAGUAGGGCUGCCAUAUGUCCAGUUCCCGAAAAUAGUGUCCCAAAAAGGCUCAACGGAAUUUCACUUUUUGAAAUAUGGCAACCCUAUCUAUGAAUGAAACUUAGUUAGCCACAACCCAGACACUGAAACUGUUCAAUGUUGUUUCCGGUUAAGUUUUACUCAGAUUAACCCACUGAAAUAAUGUCUGUUGAUUUCAGUGGGUCUGCGUCGAGUAGGCCUACCUAUAGCAUUGGCUACAACCCUUAGCGUUUAACAGCCUUGACGAAACCAAUACAACCACCUCUGCUUCGCUAAGGGCUUGUACAGUUGCACAGAUUAUUAUUUUUGUCAAAAAUGCAGAUCUGCAAGGGCAAGGAAUUAUGUGACCUGAGCCUGCAAAUGUGAUUUGUGUGAUUAUUAUGAUGCGCUGCUGAAUUUACUGUGGGUUUUACAUGGAGCAUUUGGCUGGCAAGCUGAGAGCCCAACCCUAACUUCAAGAGAUGUCACAUGCCAGACCAGGAUGCACAAAUCUUUCAGGAUAAGGGUUGGAGCUCACCAGUACAGCAUCGGCUUUGCAUGCAGAAGGUCCCAGGGUUCAAUUCUCAACAUCUCCAGGUGGGUCUGGAAAUCUCCCUUGUCCAAAACCCCUGAGAGCCACUGCAAGUCUCUGUAAACAGUAGUUCCCAAAUUUGGGGACGGACGGACAAAAAAAGCAUUCUUCAGAACAGCAGUUUCCUCCAGUAAGGAAGACAAUAACACAAGAAAAUUCAAAACAGUAACCAUUUUAUACGGCAAACCACCCCGUGAUCAGCAAAUGAAGGGCGGUACAUAAAUUUUAUUGAGAAAUGAAAAUUCGUUGCAUUUAUUCAAAAUUCAGUUUUUGUUGUUGUUUAGUCGUUUAGUUGUGUCCGACUCUUCGUGACCCCAUGGACCAGAGCACGCCAGGCACUCCUGUCUUCCACUGCCUCCCACAGUUUGGUCAAACUCAUGCUGGUAGCUUCGAGAACACUGCCCAACCAUCUCGUCCUCUGUCGUCCCCUUCUCCUUGUGCCCUCCAUCUUCCCCAACAUCAGGGUCUUUUCCAGGGAGUCUUCUCUUCUCAUGAGGUGGCCAAAGUCUUGGAGCCUCAGCUUCAGGAUCUGUCCUUCCAGUGAAAGGACAGACCUACAAAGGCUUAAAGAAAUUCAUUGGGGAGUUGGGCGCUUGUGAGCCUUUCCGCUGCAGAAAGCCACUCCCGAACUCAGGAGGGGGGGGUUGCGGGCUCACGCCCCCCAUCCACAUUUUUGCGGGGCUGGCGCCAGCCCUGCAGGACUCAGGGAUCCCCAUUAGUAUUCAUUCCCGGCAGCGCCAGCCAAUGGGCUGGCGCUGGGGGCGGGCCCACCUGAGGGCACUUAAGGUCAGGGCAGCCCGGGCUCGCCCCUUUUCCUCCUCUAAGCAUUUGCAUUAAUGAGGAAGGAAUCUGCCCUAGUUGACACUAAUUCUGGCAAACGACAAUUGCUAUGCCUGAUGUUGCAUCAGCAGAAAUUCUGGGACUGCAGAAUUUCCAAAUCAGCAGAAAUUCUGGGACUGCAACGAAUCCCAUUCCAAAUGUUUGUGUGCAGCAAACAGCAUUAUGGAGAGACACAAAGGUUCUGCGGUUGUUUGGGUUGCAGGGAGUGGGGUCAGUGGGGGGAACACACAUGGGAAGUGAAGUAUGAUGUUGGACAUCUCCUAAUACAGCCUUUGCUGGCCAACCUGCUGGCUGGCGCUGAUGGGAGAUGAGUGCAUGCUGGCUGGCGCUGAUGGGAUUUGUAGUCCAAGACUUCUGGCAAAGGUUCUAUAUGGGUUGAGCCAGUGUUUAGCUGUCAUGGACUGGUUGGACACAGAGGAAUGGUGGGAGGAACCAGAUGGGGGAACCACCAAGGGAUUCAACAGCAUUAGGCGCCAUACGAAAACGUUUCUCUUUAACUAGUCAUUUGGCUGGUUAACAUUCCAGGUAAAGGGAAAGGGACCCCUGAUCAUUAGGUCCAGUCGUGGCCGACUCUGGGGUUGUGGUGCUCAUCUCGCUUUACUGGCCAAGGGAGCUGGGGUACAGCUUCCGGGUCAUGUGGCCAGCAUGACUAAGCCGCUUCUCGCGAACCAGAGCAGCGCACGGAAACGCCGUUUACCUUCCCGCCGGAGCGGUACCUAUUUAUCUACUUGCACUUUGACGUGCUUUUGAACUGCUAGGUUGGCAGGAGCAGGAACCGAGCAACGGGAGCUCACCCCGUCGCAAGGAUUCGAGCUGCCGACCUUCUGAUCAGCAAGUCCUAGGCUCUGUGGUUUAACCCACAGCACCACCCGCAUCCCUGUUUAACAUUCUAUGUCAUUUUAAAUGUGUUUGUGGGGGUUCUAGGUUUGUUUUUGUUCUUGUUUUUAUGAUGUAUUUUGUGAUCUCAGUUUGUCUUUUUAUGUUGUGAAGCACCCUGUGAUCUUUGGAUGAAGGCUGGUAUACAGAUUCAAUAAAUAAUAACGGUCAUAAUAACAGUCAUCACUGAAGCAAAUGAAUGGAUGUGAACUGGGAAUUAAAAGUGAGAACGUCACAAAUCCAACUGGGCAAACCACUGCAAACUCUCCAGAGAACUUGGCUGAUGGGUAGAAUAUAAACAUUUUCCUGAUACUUCACCACUGGAAUUUAUAAACUUCAGUGGUUUCUAUGCAGGAGGCUAGGGAUUGAAAGGGUAAUUGGAAUCAGAAUUUUCAGAAUCUGGAAAUUUGUUGCCAUAUAGAAUCAUAGAAUUGUAGAGCUGGAUGGGAUCACAAGGAUCAUCUGGGCCAAACCCCCUGCAAUGCAGGAAUAAUAAAAAUAAAAUAAUAUUUGACAGCAUUUCCCAGGAUUUUCAUGAGACAAAAAGUAAGUUUGUCUCCCAUUCUGUGGCUUUACAUGAAAUAUAUACUGCAGUCUAUGGUUUACUAAUUUGGCUUCUGUUACCUUCUGUUCUCACUUGUCUGACUUGGCCUUCAGCAGCGUAGACCUUUUCCCCUCGUGUGAUGCAGCCAUAGACCUGUCACUGCUUUCCUUUCUCCGCAGGCACUAUAAGGUUUCGGUCGUGCUGAUGUGUUUCGUCAUUCCUACUAUCGUGCCUUGGUACUUCUGGGGGGAGAGCUUGUGGAAUUCGUACUUCCUUGCUUCAGUUCUGCGUUACACCAUCUCUCUCAAUGUUUCUUGGCUGGUCAAUAGCGCUGCUCACAUGUAUGGCAAUCGGCCGUACAACAAGAACAUCAAUCCUCGGCAGAACCCCUUUGUCACCAUAGGAGCUAUUGGUGAGUACCACAAACAGUCUCCAGAGACAUUUGGAACAGGGAUGGGGAACCUGUAGCCCUCCAGAUGUUGCGGGACUCCAUCAGCCCCAGCAAGCAUUCCUAGUGGUCAGGGAUGGUGGGAAUUGUCCUCCAACAACAUCUAGAAAGCCACAGGUUCCUCACCCCUGAUUUGUAAUGAUGGCAUUUGGUUUGUUUUCUUCCAAACUUCUCUAGAAGUUACUGUUAAGUUGAUUAAGCAACUAUAUGAACACCUUACUUCAUGUUGAACUUGUUUCCUUCUCCCAAGACAGUUUUUUGCGUGGUUUUGUUUGAGGGCCUUCAGAGAUUCAGGUUCCAGACCUGACUGUUUUCACCGUGUUUCAUGGCUUACUGGGAAUUGCAAAGGCAAUGGGGAGCUCUGUCCUCGUUAGUAUUGGCUCCACAACCAUUUCAGGAGGUGGAUGAAAUACAGCUGCCUUCAAAUGUUACCCUAAUGUCUGGAGCAUGGAGACCGCAGAAUGCCAGUUUGGUUAAGGUGGGGCUCUACUGGCUGACUGUGUUACUGCACUGCUAAACCAUUGCACGAUACCACUAUCUAAUGCUAGAUUUAGAAACUCAGCUAUUAAUCUAGCAUUAGAUAGUGGUAUCGUGCAAUGGUUUAGCACUGCAGUAAUCCAUCCAGCCAGUAGAGCUCCAUCUUAAGCAAACUGGCAUUCUGCACUCUCCACGCUUAGAGACAGUUGGAUGGCACCUUGCGCACCUCCUUCUGGCAACUCCUGCAGCCAAACAUAUUGCUCUGCUUUCCUUUGGAUCACAUCUGUGAGUCUUGUCAUCUGGGCAUCCCAGGUCUUCCAAACACACUGCCCAGGCUUGCACCCCAGAGAGGUCACUUUGGUACCACUAAUGCAGCAAAAACAACAUAUGAGGCAGGAGCAAGAGUUAUUGUGAUUCUCCAGCAGUUUGGCUUCACCCCCAGAAGCGGACUCCAUUGUCCUUCGAUACAGACGGAUGCCAACAAAUGCAGAUGCACCCUGGUGCCCGUUAUGCCCCUUAAUUUAUUAUUGCAGUGCUACUGGACUCAAUAGCACCAGCAGUCCUCCCAAUGGUUCAUUCAGCUGCACAUUCUAUUGGGCCAAAUAUGCCACCACCAGCCAACGAAUGCCCUUGCUGGCGUUUAUGUAGGCCAGGCACUACAUUAAGAGAAUGAAAGGACAUAAAUAAAAAAUGCAAAAUGGCAGCAUCCAGAAGCCACUGGGGAUGCGACGCUGCCUUCGUGCACAUUCUGUCUCAGAUCUCAAGGUCACAGAUGCUACGGGAAGGUCAGUGGAAUUAACGGCUUGUGACCAUGAAAGGCAACAAAGAUCCGUGGCGCCUUGAAAGACGAUUGCGGCAUAAGCUUUCAUUUCACUUGGACUAAAAUAAAGACUCACGGUGGUUGAAAUGGUCUCUCUCCACCCCACAAUAGAAUAAAAAGCAAAGGAAGGAGGCAGCGGAGGGAAGCGAAUGCGACUGCUGCUGUUGAUCUUCCCGUCUUGGGAAUGAUUUAUAAGGAGAAUGGAUCAAUGAAGCUCCUCUGCUGCAUGACCCAAGAGUGAUUCAGGACAGAGCUAGUUUUGGGGUGAGGGUCUCAACUGAAGAGCUGAAAAGUGAGGCGGGUCCAAUUUGGAUUUGGGGAAGAAGAAGAAGAAGAAGAAGAAGAAGAAGAAGAAGAAGAAGAAGAAGAAAAGUAGUUUGGGUUUGAUAUCCUGCUUUAUCACUACCCGAAGGAGUCUCAAAGCGGCUAACAUUCUCCUUUCCCUUCCUCCCCCACAACAAACACUCUGUGAGGUGAGUGGGGCUGAGAGACUUCAGAGAAGUGUGACUAGCCCAAGGUCACCCAGCAGCUGCAUGUGGAGGAGCGGAGACGCGAACCCGGUUCACCAGAUUACGAGUCCACUGCUCUUAACCACUAUACCACACUGGCUGAAGGUGGAUGUAGCUUGCAGGGGGCAAGGAAUGGUUGGGAGAAGAGUUAAGCACUCUUUUCUUGCCCACCACUUCUUUUCUUCAAAUAAAGGUAUCUUUUAUCCAUCCCACCCUCUUCCUGCUUUACAGGUGAUCUAGGUCUCCACUCAUCUGAGUUUUGUCUCACUGCCUUUCUGGCAGCACCCAUUUUUGCUACUGCCCCCAAGACAGCUCAAAUUGUUUUGAAAUGCCAGGUACCGCUUCUAAUAAUAAUUCUACCCUUGCUCUCAAUUACCGAUCACGUCUCAUACUUUCCCCCUUUGUCUGAGUUCAUUCAGCCCUCUUGGCAGACGCUGAUAAAAACAGCAAUUAGCUGUCUAUUCAUUUAAGCCGGAUACGGUGCUAUUAUCUUCCUUUCCCUUCUAUUCUCAGUCCAUAAAAAGACAUCGCUCUUAUAAGGUCAGUCCAGAAUAAGGAAUUACUCGCUUACAAUUUGAUGGUGGCUGAGGUUGGCCGAUCUGGCAUUUGUCACCGAAAAUUGGAUGGAUGAGCUGGGUGGGCCACGUGGUGUGACCUAGUUUUGUCCCUCAGGUAUGGCAUCAACACAGGCUGGAGUUGUCAUGGGGCAGGUGAGACAUAGGCAGAGUGUUAGGGACCUGGCAGAAGAAGGUCCCUGGGAGAAGGUUCCAGGGAGGAGGAAGAGGAAAACAGUAUAGAUUUACAACAGUGGUUUGUGGGCGGUCACAGCUCAGGGGCUGUGCUCAGAAACAUACUGGGAGCCAGUGUAGAUCCUUCAGGACCAGUGUUAUUUGGUCCUGGUGGCUGCUCCCAGUCACCAGUCUAGCUGCUACAUUCUGGAUUAGUUGUAGUCUCCAAGUCAUCUUCAAAGGUAGCCCCACAUAGAGCACAUUGCAGUAGUCCAAGCGAGAGAUAACCAGAGCAUGUACCACUCUGGAGAGACAGUGUGCAGGCAGGUAGGGUCUCAGCUGGCAUACCAGUGGAGCUGGGUCUGACUUAGCACAUCACUGAGCCAUGGCAAGACAUAACCUCAAUCUGGUUUUUACAACAGGGUGUUAGAUGAGUUGGUGUUGGGAGAGGUUUCUGUUGGCUUGCUGUCCUGGACCAAACAUUUCCUAGUGGAGUUCAGUUUGACAAUAGCAGUUCCCCCCCUGCAGGGAUGGAGGACCCAUUACAAUGGUCUGCUCCCAGAGGCUUAUGAAAUUCAAGGGAUUCCUGAAUGUCCCAAGGUCUUUUCAGUUGGCAUGUUGACUCCCUGGUCUCACUGCGAAAUGGUGAGGUGGAAAAGGUCAUCAGCAUGAUCACUCCUGAUUUCCCUCUCUGGUGCUGCAGUUCCAGAUGGCCCCCUGAUUCUCAGGGGACCUCUGGGGCAUGAUGCAGACGAGACAACAGCUAAAGUGCGAAAGAUUCAAGUUUUGUGAAGAAGACAACCAAUCAUAGGUGAGAGGACACUGAAGACAGCAAAUAAAGCUUACUUCUCCACCACCUCUGCCAAAGCAGUGCUUUUCCAAUGGGUUGUGGUGAAUGGGCUGUUAAAAGCUAGAUUUUGGAACCCUUCUGCUGUGACAUGUUGUAGGGCACUUUGAAGGUUUUCCUGCUGAACCUAAUACUGUGCUAAUAUUGUUCUGGAGUAGGCAUCCAAAGCACUUUUGAGUCGGUUGGUCUGGGAUCAACUUCAGCUGUUGCAGCCAAGCUGGUGCCACACAUGAGGCUGAGAGGGGAGUCUUGUUGUCUGGGCAGCUCAGGACCUCAAUACACACUGCCCAGGCUGGUACCCCGGGGAGGUCACUUCUUUUUUUUAAAAAAAAUUUUUUUUAUUAACAGGCCAAUCAAAUCACAUUAUUUCCAAAUCACAUUAGUUCCAAAUUAUACAGCCAGAUUUUUAAAUUUUGUUGGGGGUACCCAUACUUCAAGCUCCAAAUGGGGUCCAAGCAUCACUUAUAUUGCUGCUUUAAUUAGACAGUUCUAUCCAGUUCUGUCCAGAUAGUCUCUUUAUUACUUUCUUGUGGAGGUCACUUCUGUGCUGCCAACACAGCAGUUUGAGUUCACCCCUGGAGGCAGACUCCAUUGUCUCUCGAAUCAGAUGGAUGCCAACAAACCCAACAAUGUGAACAAGAGGAAGAUAUUCAUCCUACUGUGUGUAGACUUGGCCCUUAACCAUCAUGGCUUGUAAGAGUUACCUGGGGAUGGGGGACCCACUAGGUGGGUCCAGGAUGUAGUAGAUACUGCAUUUUAAGAUGGAGUAGUUCCUUUCUAAUUAUUAUGAAACCAGCGAUGUCUACGUACUAUUUUCAAAAUGUUGAAAAAGCAUGGAAGUUUCUGCAAUGAACUGUUUUCUAGCGCACAUUAAAGGUCUUCUCUUCUUUUGCUUCUGAUCAUUGGGGUUACCACCCACUUCUUUUUCUUCUCUACCUUUUGACCCCACUCUCUGUUCCUUCUGGGUUCUGUUUUCCAGGCGAAGGCUUCCACAAUUACCACCACACCUUUCCGUUUGAUUAUUCAGCUAGCGAGCUUGGCUUGAACUUCAACCCAACCACGUGGUUCAUUGACUUCAUGUUUUGGUUGGGCUUGGUCACCGAGAGGAAGCAGGCUCCGAGGGAGAUGAUCCAAGCUUGCAAAGAGAGGGCUGGAGAUGGCAGUUUUUGA